CUCAAACUUCAAACGCAAUGGCCACCACUCAUCUAGCUCUAGCUCCUCUCCUCCUCCUCCUCCUCCUCCUAGACGCCGUCUUCCUCUCCACCGAGGUAACCGCUCAGCCCGCCGCUCCCGCUCCUGGCCCUGCUGGUCCCAUCAACGUCACGGCAAUCCUCGAAAAAGGCGGCCAAUUCGUUACUUUUACCCGUCUUUUGAACACAACUCAAAUCGGAAACCAAAUCAACAUCCAAGUCAACAGUUCAUCAGAAGGCAUGACCGUGUUUGCACCAACAGACAACGCAUUUCAAAACCUUAAACCCGGAACCCUAAACAAGUUAAGCCCGGACGACCAAGUAAAGCUCAUUCUUUACCAUGUUAGUCCCAAAUUCUACACACUUGAUGAUCUUCUCUCAGUAAGCAACCCGGUCAGGACUCAAGCUUCAGGGCGAGACGCUGGUGCGAUUUACGGACUUAACUUCACCGGUCAAGGAAACCAAGUCAACGUUUCAACGGGAGUCAUUGAGACACGUGUUAGUAAUGCAUUAAGUAAAGAACGUCCUCUUGCGGUUUACGUGGUGGACAUGGUAUUGUUGCCCGAAGAAAUGUUUGGAGAACGAAAGAUCUCACCCGUGGCGCCUGGUCCAAAAUCAAAAUCUCCUGGUGUCUCUGAUGACUCGGAAGAUGAAUCCUCCAAGAAAGCGGCGGCUCCGUCGGAGAAGUCUGGCUCCGGGGAGAUGAAGGCUGGAUUAGGGUUUGGUCUUGGACUUGUUCUGUUAUGUUUGAAAUUCAUCGUCUGAUUUUGGUUUCCAUAUAUUUGUUUUAUUGUGAGGGUUGUAAUAAGAAAUUUCUUUAUUGAAUAUGAUGCAUGGAUUGAUGAUAAUUGUAAAGAAGAGAUUAUUAUUCCAAAUUGUGCGUAUAUGAUCAUAAAUAUUUAG